AUGCGGGGCAUCAGGGCCCAGCAAUAUGGUGGGUAUGGAGCUAGCCUGCUGGCUGCUCUGCUCUGGCUCAGCCUCCUGCCCCAGCACGCUCAAGCCGCUGAUCCUGCCAGUAACACCAGCGCUAUAAACACAUCGACCACCGAGACCAUGGGGACUACUCCACCCCUGUCUGAAAUAUGUGGCAAGACCCAAUUCCAAGGGAGGAUCUUUGGCGGUGAGACGGCAAAACCUGAGCGGUGGCCAUGGCAGGUCAGUCUGCGUUUAUAUGGCAGGCAUAUCUGUGGAGCAGUUCUCAUCGACAAAAACUGGAUAGCUGGUGCUGCCCACUGCUUCCAAAGGUCUCACAACCCCAAAGACUACCAGGUCAGGAUAGGUUACACCAAGAUGAGCAGUCCCACCAAGUACAGCAGGGAGAUGUCAGUGUACAAGCUCAUCGUUCACAAAGACUACGACAGAUUCCACCGCCAGGGAAGUGACAUUGUCCUGAUGCAGCUGGAAUCGCCUGUGGAGUACAGUUCCCACAUCCUCCCAGCCUGUGUCCCAGAUAAAAAUAUAAAACUCCCUAAAGAAAAAGCCUGCUGGGCAAGUGGCUGGGGGAAUCUCAGAGAGGAUGUGCGCCUGCCUUUACCUGACGACCUCCAAGAAGUAAAGCUCAUCCUCAUGGACAAUGAAGAUUGUAAAAUGUUUUUCCCAAAGCCAGCACCUGGCAACACUAGAAGCUACUACAUAUAUGAUGAUAUGAUGUGUGCUGCUGACUACUCAAUGACAAAAUCUAUAUGUUCAGGAGAUUCUGGAGGCCCCUUCGUCUGCUUGCUGGAAGGCUCCUGGUACGUGGUGGGGCUGACUAGCUGGAGCUCAUCUUGUGAAACGCCAAUCACCACCCCCAGUGUCUUCGCCAGAGUCUCCUACUUUGACAACUGGAUUAAAGAACACAAGCUAGCAUCACCUGAUCCAAAGCCAUGGGAGCCUGGCAGGCCCCCUUACAAUCCGAACGACCCUGGUGGUGGGUAUCACUGGAACAAUAACAAAGACAAAGGCACUGUCAUAAAACCAAUGAUGUGUAUGGCCCUGCUGUCUUCUUGGGUCCUCCUCCUACAGAUGAUUUUGUUAAGGAACCUGUGA